AUGGGAAGGCCGCUGCUUGGGUACAACCUCUACACACCCACUGGUAGUGCCACUAUUGUCAAUGUAAAGGCGUCGGCCGAUUUGGCCAACCAUAUGAUCAAGGAAAAGAUCACUGCAUGGGCCGAGGCAAAUGGUAUCGAUUUUGUUUUUGGAAUUGCCGACCUAGACAGGCUUGUCGAGAUCACUCAGGGAUCCACCGCAAUCACCUCUGCCCUCAGUCCCACAAACAUCGAAUAUGGCUGUGUUGGAGGCGACAUGCCAUUGACAUUUGUUACCAACAUUGGCAAGGCGCUGCUGUGCAAGAACCCGACAAGCUACUACUUCUUUGACUUUACAGCGUACGUCGCCGUGGCCAAGCCAACACUCCACGUGUUUGGUGAUUCGCUCUCUGAUGUUGGCACACUCAGACAGCUCACUCUGGGGAUUGUUCCUCCGCCACCAUACUGGAAUGGGCGCUUCAGCUCCGGACCUGUCUGGAACGAAUACCUUGCGCUGAAGCUUGGGUACAACUCUAUUCCUAGUGCACAGGACCAGAUCAACUACUUCAAGUUUAUCAAGCCUCUCUACCAGUUCAGUCCCACGCGCAACGACGACCUUGCGGUCCUUGCCAUCGGUGCCAAUGACUACUUUGCAACCAUGUUCAACCUCAUGCUCAACACUACUACCCCAGAGAAAUAUGCGACUGUGCUCUCUGACACCAUCGUCGGCCAGCUCGAGCAACUGAAGAAGAUUGGCUUCAGGAACAUCUACGUGGCCAACGUUGCUGCGAUCCAAUACACACCGAUGGCCCAGAUGCUAAAGAUCCAGGGCAUCACAGCCAAGUCCGUCAACCUGGUCAAUCAGAUGAUCCACGAUAAGACCGCUGCAUGGGCAAAGACUGCUGGUCUCAAGCUAUUUGGAAUAGCCGAUAUCGGCAGAUCCCCAGGGGCUCUGGGCCUCAAAAACAUGAACGAGGGAUGCGUUGGUGGUGAAUUGGCAGCAUUCCUUCAAGACGACAACUUCAUCCAGCACCUCAUUGAUUUUAUCACCAACAUCGACGAGGCCCUGCUGUGCAAGCAGCCGACCUACAACUACUUCUUUGAUCCGGUCCACCCUGCUGAACGUAUCCAGCGCCUCUACGGCUACUUCACCUACGAGGUCAUCACAGCCGCACGCAGCGGUUCAAACUUUGCUCUUUCUGAGGACAACCUCCUCUCAAUUAUCCAGAAGUAUGGUCUGAACUCUGUUGCCCCGAAGCCAGCCGCCAUCUAG